UUCAAAUCUACGGCAUAACCUGCACCUCCACCAUGACUGUCUACUGGUCUCACCUCUCUUCGCUUCUUUCACUCUCUCAUGAGCGCGCUCCUGAUUGAUACGGUCCUGCCAUGCCGCUCCAAAACAUCCAAAACAUUGUCCUGGUCCUAUCCGGCAAAGGCGGGGUGGGCAAGUCCAGCAUCACGACCCAACUCGCCCUCACGCUCUCCCUGCAAGGCCAUUCUGUCGGCGUUCUCGAUAUCGACCUCACCGGCCCUUCCAUACCACGCUUUUUUGGUAUAGAAGGUGCAAAAGUACGACAAGCGCCUGGUGGUUGGAUACCAGUCACUGUACACGAUGCGCAGCCUCUACCCCAGCAUGGCACCACGAAUGGCCACGCAGCACACAAGGAUGUAGGAGCACUAUCAUGCAUGUCGCUUGGCUUCAUACUGGCUUCAAGAAGCGAUGCUGUGAUAUGGCGCGGGCCAAAGAAGACAGCCAUGGUCCGCCAAUUCCUUACUGAUGUGCUCUGGCCAAGACUCGACUUCCUCCUCAUCGAUACCCCGCCUGGCACAUCCGACGAGCAUAUUUCGCUCCUUGAGACUCUGCUCAAGCAGACUUCGUCUCCUACAUCUCCUCCGAACCAACUCUCAGGUGCUGUUGUCGUCACAACGCCCCAAGCCAUUUCCAUAUCUGAUGUCAAAAAAGAGCUCAAUUUCUGCAGGAAGACGGGGAUAAGGGUACUUGGCGUAGUAGAGAAUAUGGCGGGCUUCGUGUGUCCCAAUUGUAGCGAAUGUACAAACGUGUUCAGCAAGGGAGGUGGGGAGGUCAUGGCACGGGAUUUCGAGGUGCCUUUUCUAGGAAGCGUGCCGAUUGAUCCUGCAUUUGUGCAGUUAAUCGAAGAAGGAACAAGGCCAGUGUAUCCAGAAGGUACUGUGAUCGAAGGGGAAGACAUGAGCGCCGCGAAGAGUGAAGCAAAUGGAACCGGGAAUGAACUGCUUGUUGACAAGUAUCGGAGCUGUUCGCUAUGCCCGCUAUUCGACGGUAUAGUGUCGACCCUCGUUGCUGAUAUCCGAAGUCGGAACCAGUGACGCCCUAGAGUUUCCUAUAUCUUGUAAGCAACCCGAUGGAUUUACGCAUAGCCAUGAGCAGACAUGUGAAACCCCCCCGAAAGCUACGUAGGAUAGAAAACAGUGGGGUCUGAUAUUUGGGACAGCAUAGGAUAUCCUCUCGGCCGGUUUCCUGAUUCCA